AUGGCGACUCCCGGCCUCCUGUAUGUGACGAUGCAGCCUCGUCCCUCUCUUCCGGCUGCCCAGUUCCACGACUGGUACAACUCCGAACACGGUCCUCUGCGCCUGCGUCUGCCUUUCGUCACCAAUGGCUUCCGGUAUAGAGCCAUUGACGAUGUCGAUCCAGAAUGGGUGGCGCUGUACGACAUCACCGACAUGGACGAGCUGACGCGCGAGACGUACCUGGCCCUUCGCGAGGAUGGCAUCAAGACCCCGCGCGAGAAGGCGGCCAUGGCCCAGAUUGCCGUGGACCGCAAACUCUACGACCUCCUCCAAGAUGAAAAGGCCGCCGAUUUCCAGCCGCUCGAGGACCAACCCGACACCUCUGUCGCCGGCAACGUCCUGAUCUCUAAUACCUCCACCCUCCCCGCCGACCCCGCCAAGGAAGACGACCUGAAGCGCUGGUACAAGGAAGAACACAUUCCCAUGCUUGCCCGCGUGCCAGGCUGGCGUCGCAGCCGGCUUUUAACGACGGCCUCCAUUGACUCCAAUGCUCGCAAGGAAUUCGUCGCCCUCCACGAAUUUGCCGCGCAAAAUGGCCUGGGAGGAGUCGAGCACAAGGCUGCCAUGGACACACCCUGGCGCAACCGCAUCGCCGAAUCGCUCACCUCCAAGACCCGCCGCAUCUACAACUGGGCAUACACCUUUGGCCCGGCACCUCGCGAGCUCUCUUCUCUCGCAUCCGCAGACACCAUCGGUCCCUGGUCCUCCAACGAUGGCCGCACGCGCACACUCCCCGACCCCGCCAACCCCGCCGUCGAAUCGUUCAUCACCACCCCAGACGGCGUUGACCUCUCCUACCGCCUCGAGGGAUCUACAAACCCAGAAGCCCCUGUCAUCGUCCUCAGCAACUCAAUCCUAGUCGACUACACCAUCUGGGACUCCUUCGUGAAGACCUUCCUCUCCGACGAGCGCAACCGCAAGUUCCGCGUUCUCCGAUAUAACACCCGCGGUCGGUCCGCCGCCGCCGGCGAAACACCCGUAAACAUUGACGUUCUGGCCGGUGAUAUCAUCGCACUCCUCGACGCCCUCCGUAUCCCCGAGGCGAUUCUCAUCGGCGUGAGUCUCGGCGGCGUUACAGUUCUCAACGCAUCCCUGCUCUACCCGUCCCGCGUCAAGACCUUCAUCUCGUGCGACACGAACAGCUCCGCCCCCGAGACAAACCGGAAGGCGUGGAACGACCGCGCUGCUAUUGCGGAGGCUGAAGGCGCCACUGAUGCAACGACCAAGGAACCCAUUAUCGGAAACGAGCUCUCCGAGGUUACGGUGCGGCGGUGGUUCACGCCUCAGUCGUAUGAGACGCAGCCUGACGUCCCUGGGAGAAUCACAGACAUUGUCCGUGCGAACAGCUUGGUCGGGUUUAAGAAGGCCAUGCAGGCGCUCUGUGCCUAUGAUGUUCGCGACCGCAUGCAGAAUGCUACCGUGAAGGGUCUGUUUGUGGCUGGUGACAGUGAUGGUGUGUUGCCCAAGACGAUGGCACAGAUGGCAGCAGAUCUGAAGGUUGAGGGUGGUGCGGAGCUCAAGAUUGUUCCUGGUGCUGGGCACUUGCCUAUGGCUGAGCAGCCGGAGGCAUUUGCAGGUGUUGUUAACGAGCAUCUACACCAGUAA